AUGCUAGAACUAUCUACUGUUGACCUAGAGUAUCCUGCUCUCAAGCAACCUACCACCAAUAUAACCAAGACGAGCGAGAAUGAUCUGCAGAAGACCCAAGGUCGGUAUAACGCGGAACGCCAGAAACGCCUGCGCCCUGAAGGACCAGUCCAAUAUUUUGGAGGACUGCUGUCCGCAGUGCGACUGCUCCAGUCGGGAUUUCUUUACACGACUGAGAUCCUCUUUGUGGAUACAACAGGUGGCUUUGGAGGAAUGCGAUGGUGGGACAAAUAUCCCGGCCUGGCCUGUGAUGUUGAAAGUUACACUUACAUGCCCCUACUAGAGGAAACCAAGUACAUGCACAAAAGUAUGCCACCGGGCCUGAGUUGGGAGAACACACGAAUCGCAUUGCUGGUCAAUGGAAUCCCACUGAGCGGGCUUUGUUCCACACCGCGGAUUCUCAAUGGACAGUCCAUAUCACACCACAUGGCCAGCCACCCACGGCGAUACAAUCGGAUUUUGUCAUCUUGGCUACCGGGUUGCCGAACUCCCCGAAAAUACCAUAACUUAGACGGCCUUGAGGCCCAUAAGGGCAAGGUUUUCCACACCUCACGCUAG